AUGGAGAAAAGCGAAAGUAAUUCUGAAGGACUUUAUCUCCAAAAUAUAUUAAAUGUUCCCCCUCCGCAGCGAUUUAUUGUGCUCAUAAUACUUGCCCUUUGGAUCUGGACAUGGAUAUUAAAAUUCUUCUUGCAUAGUAAUUUAGACGUAUCCCAAGUCAUACUCACGAGAGUACCGCACGAUAUACGUCCAGGUUAUACUCUACAGCAAUUGCAUAGAACAGCUAGAAAUUUUGCUUUGAAGAUAACAAGGAUUAUUAUACCGUUCCACUUUGCCACUGUGUUCCUUUUUGAGUUCAUGAAUAUUAUAGAAGGUCCACUCAAAAAUAUCAUUCUCAUCGUAUAUUUUCUACCAUUGAUCCAAUGUGUCACUAUAUUUUGGUUUCUGUUGAAAGAGUGCCAGAUAAUAAAAUAUUGUACUAGGAGAUGUUUGUUGAUAGAAUCCUCCCCCCGUUCCUUAAGGAAUACCUACAUUUUAAUCUCUGACACGUUGACAUCGUUUGCAAAACCAUUGAUAGACUUCACAUUGUUUACCUCUCUAAUUUUUAGAGAACCCUUCACACAUUUUGAUCUAUCCGUAGCCCUUCUUCCUGUACUGGUAAGACUACUGCAGUGUUUGAGAGAAUACCGUUUACUGCACGAAGCAACUUUACUAUUCAAUGCAUUGAAAUACAGUUGUAAUCUUCCCAUUCUUUUUUGCACCUGGAGAUCAAGAGUGUAUGAGGGAUCCAUCAACGAAGAAAGACUACACCACGUUCAAAGAUGGUUUAUGCUAAUUAAUUCUUCCUAUACGUUAUUUUGGGAUGUAAGGAUGGAUUGGUCAUUGGACUCGUUAACCUCUUUAAGAUCCAGAUCCAAAAGUGCCGUCACAUUAAAGAAAAAAAUGUAUCAUUCGGCGAUUCUCGUUGACUUUUUGCUGAGGUUCUGGUGGCUAUGGGUAUAUUUAUCGCAGAAUCUGAAAUUAGUUGCCGCAGAUAGCGACUACAUUUUUUUCCAAGGCGAAAUGCAGUAUUUCGAAGUAAUUAGAAGAGGCAUAUGGGUCGUUUUCAAAUUGGACGCAGAGUAUUAUAUUAAGUUUGCAAGCAAAUAA